UCCAUCACAGAAGUGGCAAAGCGAGGCAGUCAGGCGCAGACGGAGAGAUCAAGAGGUAAAGCGAGAGAGCUUAGUGUGAGACAGGGUCCCGGGACCAGCCGAGAGGGAGAGAAAGUUGGAGUUACUGAAGUAAACACCGAAGGUAUCGACACAAAGAUAAAGGCAACAAAAAAUAAAUAAACAGACGCAGAGGACAUAAUCCAGCGGGAGUAGCAUUCUCUCUGCUCACCUGAUCGGACUCCUGGUUCGUCUCCAUUGGUGACUGUGCCUGACAACCGUUGCCAUGGGUGAAAUGGAGCAGCUUCGGAAGGAGGCGGAGCGCCUGAAGGACGAUAUCACUGCCGCACGUAAAGCAGUGCAGGACGCCACACUGCAGGACACAGUCUCAGGGACGGCCGUGGUGGGCCGAGUCCAGCUCAAAACCAGGAAGACCCUGAGAGGACAUCUGGCCAAAAUCUACGCCAUGCACUGGUCUACAGACUCAAAACUCUGUGUGAGUGCAUCUCAGGAUGGAAAGCUGAUUGUGUGGGACAGCUACACCACCAACAAGGUAAACGCCAUCCCGCUGAAGUCUUCCUGGGUGAUGACCUGUUCCUAUGCCCCCUCAGGAAACAUGGUGGCUUGUGGGGGUCUGGACAACAUGUGCUCCAUCUACAACCUGAAGGGCAAAGACGGCAACGUCAAAGUCAUGCGGGAGCUGGCAGCACACACAGGCUACCUGUCAUGCUGUCGUUUCUUGAGUGACGCUGAGAUCAUCACCAGCUCUGGAGACUGUACCUGCGUUCUGUGGGACAUUGAGACGGGCACACAGAAGACCGUGUUCAUCGGCCACAUGGGCGACUGCAUGAGCCUGGCCGUGUCUCCAGACUUUAAGACUUUUAUUUCAGGAGCGUGCGACUUCACAGCCAAACUGUGGGAUAUACGGGAGGGCCAGUGCAGACAGACCUUCAGUGGCCAUGAGAGUGAUAUAAAUGCUAUAGCCUUCUUCCCCAACGGUAACGCGGUGAUCACAGGCUCGGACGAUGCCACCUGUAAGCUGUAUGACCUUCGCGCUGACCAGGAGCUGAUCACCUACCAGGACUCCAGCAUCAUGUGUGGAGUCACCUCCAUCGCCCCCUCGUUCUCGGGGCGCCUCAUCCUGGCUGGCUACGAUGACUUCAACUGCAACAUCUGGGACUCGCUGAAGGCUGAGAGAGUGGGAGUGUUGGCGGGCCACGAUAACCGUGUGAGCUGCAUCGGGGUGACAGCCGACGGCAUGGCCUGCUGCACGGGGUCAUGGGAUAGCUUCCUGAAGAUCUGGAACUGAGGCACCUUCUGAAAGAGCGAGAGAGAAAAAGACAGGACGAGGGAACAUCGGAGUGAUUCUAAAAAAAUUGGG